CCUAUACCUAUAAAUAAACUGCCGACGUGGGCACUUGAGACGUGAUGCGCCAUGGAGCUCGUAUCGCUUUUCAUCUUUGUGUCUCUUAUGCUUUCUUCUACUACACUCACACAACAGCAUAACCUGGAGUCCUGGACCCCGCAGUCAAGACUCAACGGAUCCGGCGAUGAAGGUUGGCAAUGGCUUCCAGAGGUUGUUGAUGCUACUCCUGUUUAUCAAACUGCUGGCUUGGACACGACCGAAGUCACGAGGGCAGUCAUUGUUUUGCAGGGGAAGCAAAGAAAUUGCUGGUCUAGUUGGAAUGUAGCAAACAACGCGUUCUACAACGCCACCUAUAACGACGCGACCAUCCAACGUAGCCAGAUAUCCAUCACGGGUCCAUGCUUCCUCUCCGAGGCUGAUCUAAACGCGGGCGCGGCACAGGAGGGGGCAGCUCUUAUGGGGAAACACGACAUGGAUCAGUGGACACCGAAACUCGCGCAUUAUAUGGAAAGAAGCGUCUAUCCGAAUCUGAAGGUCCUCGUCGUCGGAGGUCACUCUGCCGGUAGCCAGAUGGCUCAGCGUUACGCAGCUUUGUUGCAUUUCUGGGUCGCCAAUCCCGCAUCGCUCUGUUGGCUAACGUCGGAACGCCCGAUUCCCAACGACGCAUGCGAAGGUUACGAUAAGUUUAAAUACGGGCUGCAAUCAAAUUUCCCGGCAUAUGCAACCGAAAAUGCUCGUACUCUUGGAAGAGAUGGUAUUAUUAAGAGAUAUUACAACCGCACACUUAACUACGCUUGGGGACUGACACAAGGACACACACGUUUAGAAAGGGGACAGAAUUUCGUUGCGAAGCUGGAAGACAUGGAUGGUAUACCGAAUCUCACUACCUUUGAUUGGGUACCUGGCGUCGGCCAUAGCGCUCAAAAUAUGACGACGAGUGAUGCGGGAAUCGAUAAGUUAUUCCGAUACAUGGGCAACAUCGACAGCGCUUAG